UUGAACCGACAGGUUGAAACGAUAAACUUUUCUGAAGUUAAAACUUUAUUCCAUUUGUUUUAUAUGUCAAUUUCGACUGCUUUUAAAAAUUAAGUCACUGUUUAAAAUAGGUAAAUGUCCGACCAAAAAUUAAAGUAGUGAAAAUUGUUAACUUGGUGCGAAGUACUUUCCUUGUGGGAGAGCAUUACUAAAUUAAUCAGGAGGUCAAAUCGGCAUGCACCGGACAUUUCGCUAAGUUAUCAUGACCAAAAAGAAAGAUGAGGCAACCUCACCGCUGGCGAAGAAGAACGUUAAUGUGAAACUUCUCAAGCACAUCACAAACUUCAACAUUUUCAUGGAUAACGCCAAAGCGGAAUUCAACCAGAAAUGGAGUAAAGAGAUCCACCAGGCCUGCACAAUGGAGGAUUUUAAUUUCACAAAACAAAUUGGAAGCGGAGCCUUUGGCAAAGUUUAUGUGGCGAAAUACCUGCCGUCGGACGAAAUUGUUGCUAUAAAGGCUUUAGAGAAACGGUAUUUAGUGGAAACAGGCCAUGUAACGCACAGCAAACAAGAAGUGAAGGCAUUGAAUUGUGUCCAAUUUGAAUUCGUUAUAAACCUUGUAAAUUUUUUUAUGGAUAAUGUGUAUAUAUACCUAGUUUUACCAUUUGUAUCUGGAGGCGAAAUGUUCUUCCACCUGGCAACAAAGCGUAAAUUUGACGAACAUCUUGCUAAAUUUUAUGCAUCGCAAGUCGUACUUGCAUUUCAAUAUUUACAUGGUAUUGGCUUAGUUUACCGCGAUUUAAAACCGGAAAAUAUUAUGCUCUGCGCCGAUGGAUACAUCAAGUUAACUGACUUCGGUUUCUGCAAGAAGAUAAACGGAAAGCGAACUUACACAAUGCUAGGUACCCCCCAGUAUCUUGCUCCUGAAAUUGUACUAAGUCAAGGAUAUGGAUAUGCAGCCGACUGGUGGGCGUUUGGAAUUUUAAUAUAUGAAAUGAGCGCCGGGUUUCCACCGUUCAUGGGAACAGAUGCUGCAGUUCUCGAGAAAAUCCCCAAAGGAAAGUACGCAUUUCCUCUGCAUUUCUCGUCGGGUUUAAAAGAUCUUAUCCAAAAGUUGAUGGUAUAUAAGCCCAGCGAGAGAUACGGAGUUUUGAAAGACGGUGCCAAUGAUAUUAAACUUCACGAGUGGUUCAAAGACCUCGAUUGGGACGGUGUACUCUUUAAACGCGUAAAGCCACCCUACAAACCCACUACUGAAGGACCUUCGUACUUGUCGAACUUUGACUUAACAGUUACAGGUGAAUUGCGAACAUCAGCUGAAAAUGAAUUUUCAAAUGAAUUCGCAACUUUUACGGUUUAACUUUCAUAUUUAUGUACAGAUAAGCGUUUGCCACGCAAAUUAGUGCACAAAUGUAUAUUUUAAAAGUAAUGUUGUAUCGUGCGAAAAUUUUUUUUGAUAUCGACUUUUUUGGGCAAAUACUUAAUAAAUAUUCAAA